CAGGGAGAGAGAGAGAGAGAGAGGGGGGGGCGGGCUGCCCGUCAGUCAAGCCCCCCCCUCCCCCCUGGGAAUGCCCAGAGGGAAGACCCCAAAACCCGCCUCAACAUGAACGACUCGUCAGACAGCAACCAGAGCAGUGCGCCGUUCUGCCUCCUGGACCUGGGCUACUCGCACGUGCUCAACACCUGCGUCCUGGAGGUGGCCAUCAUCCUCUUCCUCACCGUGCUCAUCAUCGCCGGGAACCUGGUGGUGAUCUUCGUCUUCCACUGCGCGCCCCUGCUCAACCACCACACCACCAGCGCCUUCAUCCAGACCAUGGCCUACGCCGACCUGCUGGUGGGCGUCAGCUGCCUGAUCCCGUCGCUCUCCCUGCUGCACUACCUGGGCCGGCUGGACGAGGAGCUCACCUGCAAGAUCUUCGGCUACAUGGUGUCGGUGCUGAAGAGCGUCUCCAUGGCGUCGCUGGCGUGCGUGAGCGUGGACCGCUACGUGGCCAUCACGCGGCCGCUCUCCUACGCCACGCUGGUGACGGCGUGCCGCCUGCGCGUCUGCAUCGUGCUCAUCUGGCUCUACUCGGGCCUCGUCUUCCUCCCGUCCUUCUUCGGCUGGGGCAAGCCCGGCUACCACGGCGACAUCAUGCGCUGGUGCGCGGAGUCCUGGGCCACGCGGCCGCACUUCACCUCCUUCAUCGUGGCGCUGCUGUACGCGCCCGCCGCCCUCACCGUCUGCUUCACCUACUGCAACAUCUUCCGCAUCUGCCAGCAGCACACGCGCGAGAUGAGCGAGCGCCGCGCCCGCUUCGGGCCCCAGGAGGGCGAGCCGGGCGAGGGCCCCGCCUCGCCCGACAAGCGCUACGCCAUGGUGCUCUUCCGCAUCACCAGCGUCUUCUACAUCCUCUGGCUGCCCUACAUCAUCUACUUCCUGCUGGAGAGCGCCGGCAUCUACCGCCACCCCGUGGCCUCCUUCCUCACCACCUGGCUGGCCAUCAGCAACAGCUUCUGCAACUGCCUGAUCUACAGCCUGUCCAACAGCGCCUUCCGCAAGGGCCUGAAGCGGCUGUGCUCCUUCUGCGUGCGCCGCGUGGACGGCAAGAAGCCGGCGGGCGCCGGGGGAGGAGGAGGAGGAGGCAGCGCGCGCUCGGCGUGCCACGCGUAGGGACCCCCCCGGGGACUCGCUCGGGAGGACCGAGGGGCCGGCCCGCGCACGCUCCGGCGCCAUUGGCCGUCACCCGGCCGCAGAAAGGGCGGCUUCUGGCAGCUCCUGCCCCCGCAGCCCUCUGUGCCAUGUGGAAAGUGCCCGGUGUGGGGACGGAGAGGGGACGGUGCGGGGGUUCUGUGGGUGCAGUGAGGCGACGGUGCGGGGGUUCUGUGGGCACACUGAGGCGACGGUGUGCGGGUUCUGUGGGCACACUGAGGCGACGGUGCGGGGGUGGCGUGGGCGGGCUGCAGAGUGGCCGGAGUUUUGGGCCCAGCUCCCAGCUCCUCUAGUUUCAGCCCCUCAUUUGGAUAAUAUUCACUCCUUAGUCUUUGCCAAAUAACGUCCUACUGCAAAAAAAAACAGAAUGACAAAAACACUGCAGGUCCUAGCGUUGUGCGAACGCUAGGCCUUUCUGGAAUGCAAAAAAAUGUACUAUUUAUGUGGCGGGAGUGCAGAAUGCUGCCUUCCAUACUACUGCACUUACAAUGAGGUGACCUGUUCAGUCUGAAAGCAGCUAAUUUAGACUGUUGCCACGUGUGUGUCAGUGGACUUCUUCGGUGUGUACAAUCUGUUAUUUGUUUAAUCAUUGUUUUCAGGCCGCUGCUUAGAGAAUCUUUCGCGAUUAGAUCGAGCUGAGGAGAGCAGCGAGCGCACAGCGUGACCGUUUCCCCGCAAACCUGCGGCCGUCCGUCCGUCCGUCCGGAGGCACGAGCAGCGGCGUCAGGUUUUAUUUAUUUCCUUUUUGAAACGAGGUCCCCGUGGCGGGAUCGACCUGCUCAGAAACGCGCGACUCUCCCAGGAAGCCGGCGGCCGGCGCCUGGCCUCCCGUUUUGUUUAUGGAGGGUCGCGUUUCGGAACAGGCGAUCCCUGGCGGGACGUCCGCCUCUCGCCUGCGCGCUCUCGGCCGAACGCGCCCAGCUGCCGGGCCGCGGGUCCUGCGGUGCUGCCCCGAUGGCGGGAGCGGGAGAAGGAGAAGGGUUUAUUUAUUUCGCGGGGAUCUCUCUCUCCGCUGACGUUCCUCUUUUCUCCUGGACCACUGCUGUGUGUCGGGCAAUAAGGGCUGCUGUGUUCAGGCCUCAGCCUGGCCAGCUGUAUCACAGAACAAGCGACGCAAUAAAGCAACUAAAUGAAGAAAAACGAGUAUUUUUAUUUAAAUGUUUUGUCGAUAGGUUUUCUAAUUUUUUUUUGUAGUCUCUAUUUAAUGCUGAGAAAACGAUUUAAGUCUGCCUCUGGUAAGAAUUCAUUUCGUACACUUGCAUUCUGUACAUGCCUACAGAAGCAAUUAAAUUGUUCCUGCGCACUCCUCUUCCUGACCAGCGAUUGGUCGGCGGAUAUUCACAGAAGGGCAGGGAUUAUCUGCUUCAGUAGCAGAACAUGGUUUUUAGGGAUUACGUUCCCUCCACAGUAAUCACCAGGCAAAGUCUUAAUCUGUGGACAGGCGCUGCUGUCAUUACUGACAUCAUGAGUGGCUUUUCUGUGAGCAGAAGCAUGCUUUUAGUGUGGAGGGGUUCUAAGUGAGCAAGUAUUGGGUGUCUCAAUAAGGACUUGCGAUUGAUCGCAUGGGUCAAGAGAAGAGGAUGUUGUGACCUGCUGUUUUAAAAAAUGCCUUCUUUUCCACGUGCAAAUGGGUUAGGAGCAGGCAUGGACCUAAUUACUAUGGUUGCAGUGUCCAUUUUGGUUUGAGUUACAUUUAUAGCCAUGAAUGGCCCUGAUCAUUCAAGAGUCACCUUUUUUAUGGUUGGUAUAGAAUUGCAUUGCUGUUAGCAUAGAGCCUGGCUUCUUUGUAGAUUUGACCGUUGCUUUUAAGGAGUCACACCACUCUUUAGUGUAUUAACGGAUGUUUGUUUGGAAGGCGAGGGGCUGGGUCACGUUGCGCAGACGCUGAGAGAGGGGAGGGAGCUAGCAAAGCGGCCGCUGGGGCUCAAUGGAGACAGCCCCUGAAGUCAGGACAGAGCCCCGCCCACUCUUCAGCCUGGCGGACGAGCCGCAGAGAGGGGGGGCGGCCGUGGAGUCCGCGGCGGUGCCGCUGCGGCGGCGUGCUCCAGGUGAACAUCUCAGCGCUGAUCUGUGCUGGUGAGGCGGGGGGGUGGCCCGCUGCACCGCCGGCUGGAGAGCGGUGGCGGUUAGUUAGCGAGUCCACGCGCAGGGUCUGCGCACAGCUGGGAUAAGCGCCAGUGUGCUCAGCUGAGCAGCGACCGAGAGCGCUUCAUUGUCUGAGUCUCUCCCAGAAGCAGUCUUCCUGGGCCCAGCACUGUCCAGGAGUUCAGCCUCAGCUGUGCUCUCGCACAACUGAGGCUGUGCGAGAUAUUCACCUCUGUAUGGAUGAUACAGUUCAUGCAGAUUUUGGGUUCCACACGGAUUCCCCUCAUUCUUAAAAAAUGUUUUAAAAAAUCAAGUGAAAGUGCGGUUUUCCGAAAUUGUUAGUCUUCCUAGAUGACCAAAGUUAAAUAUUGAUUUAGUAGUAAGUUGAUAGUUUGUUGGGGGUAAUGGGAGGAGAUCUAAAAGUCCUUUUUGGUGACAUGUAGACAUUGAAUUUGCUCCACCCUCAGGCCACUGAAUGCGAUAUUGUUGCUGACGGUAACGUCAAGCCCAGCUUCUCUUGGAGUGGAUUUCACUGAAAAGGCUUGAUUUAGCGUGCGUUUUGAGCACCUGUGGUAGUUACAGAUUCAGCCUAAGAGCUAAUGAAAGGGUGAUUUAGCGUGCGUUUUGAGCACCUGUGGUAGUUACAGAUUCAGCCUAAGAGCUAAUGAAAGGGUGAUUUAGCGUGCGUUUUGAGCACCUGUGGUAGUUACAGAUUUAACCUAAGAGCUAAUGAAAGGGUGAUUUAGCGUGCGUUUUGAGCACCUGUGGUAGUUACAGAUUCAACCUAAGAGCUAAUGAAAGGGUGAUGGUGAAGCCCUUCACACGUCCUUGAUCCGAAGGGGUUUGACUUUUUUAGACCGAUUUAUUUUUUUACUUGUCACAUCAGUCUUAAGCAUGUGUUGAAGUGCAUAUAUUUAUAUUUGUAUUCUGAAUACGGACGCAGACAGCAGGAAGGUGUUCGAAGGCGGGCGGCGUGAGGGAAUGACGGGCAUGGGGACUGUUUUCUAUUGCCAUGCUGUUGCAGGGUACCGUGCAAUAUUUUUACAUGUAGUGUUUUCCACUUGCAAAGCGAUUUAUUCAGAACAAUGAGAACAUAUCACGGGAUCUUCGGAAAAGGGCUUUUCUGUUCUCCCUGGGUUCCGGAGCGUGUCUGUCGCCGGUCGGUCUCCGUGUCUGUACCCGCGAGGCGUCUCUGAUGGCGACUCUGUGACGGCUUUCUGAGGCGGGCGGAGUCGCGGGAAUGUCAGCGCUUCAGCGGGCGCUCGCGUCGCGCGGGACGCGGGCUAGCGCUACGGCGCGCCUGGCGCUCCUGUUUUUCACAUUUGGAGGCGGGCGGAUGGAGUCUCUCAGAUGGUCUGAGAUGGGGACUCGUAGAAGGCGUCUCCGCGCGGUGACGGACGCCGCUGACUGCGGCUGCUCGCUGGGUGAAUACGCUCCUGCGGUUGGGUCUCUGUGUUGGGAGCGCGUUCGGGGGCUGAAUCGCAGGGCGUGUGCGCAGGGAGAGAACGCUCCUGCCCACCUGCCUGCCCUUAACACUGACGCUAAUGUGGCCAAGCAGCCAAAACAGACCACAUUUCACAAACCCCAUUUUCAUCGAAGGGAGAUCCACCCAGAUGAAAUUCUCCCUCACCCUUACGACAUUUAGAGAAGUUCUCACUGAAUUCUGGAGAUGUUUCUCAUGAGUAUUCACGUACGUAAAGGGGAAUGUCUAUGAUGUGGACGUGUUUGAACUCAUUCUGUGUACUAUAGCAGCAAAUAAAGUACAGUGCACUUGAAAUUCACUGCUCACAGCCCUGAUGUUAUUAGACCAAUAGCACUUUGUGUGUAUUCGUGGGAGCCAACUAACUGAAAUCUGAACAACAUAUAUUUUUAUCUUCUGACUUCUGUUCACCGAAAUAGUCCUCCGGCUCUGUUUAAUGAAAUACAACAAUAAUGCAGUGGAUCAUCAUCUACGCAUCUGCUAUCAGAUAACAUGAGUUCCUCUUUCAGUGUGCUGUCACGUUGCUGGGUUUUUAUGGACAUUUAUGGACAGAUGAUGAUGUGACUGCUUUUUUAUUGUAAUUUUUUAUUUUAUUUAUUUUUAGUUUCUUGCUUUUAAAUGAGUGUUGGUCUGAACUCAGAUGUUCGGGCUCAUGUGCUUCGGCUGUGUGUUUUAUCAGGUGGUUUGAGUGCUUCUGUUUUUUCCUCCCAUGGACACAAAUGCCUUUUUUUGGACCACUGAGGUUACUGAAGCGCUGAGGCCAAUGCUGUUGCUCCAAACUUAGUACCUCAAGAAUAACAGGUUUUUGUAUGAAGUCCGAUGGGAAGGGUUAGCCGAUGUCUGAGAAGCGCCAGCGCUUUCCAGGUUACGUUUUUUUAAAAAUACACAGUUAGUUGACGGUACUGAGGCUGAGGGCGCACUGAAAAUUCUCACCGAUGCAUGUUGUGGGACGUUUCUCUGCCAAAGAGCAGCCCCCUUUUCUGUUCCUGUGGGAACAGCGUGCUGUUCUCGAAAGCGGAGUCAAGGGCCAGUGAUCCCGGGGGACCCCGCUCCUCGUGUUGACCCGCUCCGCAGUGCCAUAUUAGGGCGUAAAAACCUGCCGGGGGCCCGGUUCCGGGGAACGCAUGUUUGCUCUGGGACAGCGUGUCCCCUUCGACCGGAGGAAAACUCCCCGCCGCCGUCCUUCGCCAGGCUCUCCGCUGUAGCGCCGCUGGCAUCAGAGGAGCGUCUCAUUGAAUUUGCCUUGUAUAUAUCCUGAAACCUUUAGGUUCCCCUGCUGAUCCCUUAAUAGAAUGCUCAUGGAUUAGGCCAUUUUGGAGUCUGAUCGUAUCUGGGGGAAAAAAAAUUGAAGAAAAAAAAAAUACACAGAGACUCUUGACCUUUCAGAUGUCCCAAAGCAUUUUUUUUUUUAACGUGUUAUCACAUGAAGAAGGUUGUAAAGAGCCAAACUGUAUCUUGUGAAUGCUGAACAGACUUCUGCUUCUGUUUCUCCAAACACAUGGAGAAACGGGCAAUCAUUUAGAAAAUGCCCUCUGAAACGCGGUGUGUUGGUGAGGUGCGUCAGUACCGCGAGUUUUCACAUGUAGUAAUGUCUGUUUUGGAAUACAGUUGUCAAUAAUAUAUUUAUAUUCUGGUCAUAUCUGCACUGAGUAAAUAAAUGUGACAUUAUUUAA